GGACCCAUGCGCACGCGUUGGUAUUUUUUGGUUUAGCUACCAACUGUUUUGAUUCAUUGUGCAGAAGCAAACUAGUUAGCAUAUCCUUGGCACAAUACAAUAAUUUGUAGAAGAUGUCUGUCCCGGAAAUGUUCAGUUACAUUCAGGGUUUUCUGAGUGCGGAUCAAGAAAUAAGAGAGGACAUUCGAAAAGUGGUCCAGGUUCUGGAACAGACAGCGAGGGAGAUCCUGACUCUGCUCCAAAGUGUCCAUCAGCCAUCUGGAUUCAAAGAGAUUCCCAGUAAAUGCGCAAAGGCCAGGGAACUGUUUUGUACAGUCAGGACGCACCUUGGAGAACUCAAAACCAAAUUCCCAGUGGAGCAGUACUACAGGUUCCAUGAGCACUGGAGGUUUGUUCUGCAGCGCCUGGCCUUCCUGGCAGCGUUCGUGGUCUACCUGGAGAGUGAGUCUCUGGUGACACGCGAUGAAGUGGCACAAAUACUAGGAAUUGAGGUGGUGAGAGAGAAGGGAUUCCAUCUGGAUGUUGAGGACUACCUGGCAGGUGUGCUGAUCAUGGCCAGUGAACUGUCUCGCCUGGCAGUCAACAGCGUCACAGCAGGGGACUACAGCCGGCCCCUCCGCAUCUCCAACUUCAUCAACGAGCUGGACUCUGGCUUCCGCCUGCUCAACCUCAAGAACGACCCCCUGCGUAAGCGCUACGAUGGCCUCAAGUACGACGUGAAGAAGAUAGAGGAGGUGGUGUACGACCUGUCUAUCCGCGGCCUGGCCAAGGAGCAGGAGGCUGGGGGAGACAAGUAAAGCUGAGGGCGGAGGGUGUGGGGCCGGGGCGCUACCCUAGGCUGGGACCUGACCUCCAUGACUGGGACAGUGGAGACUUGACCUGCUGGAGAGCAGGAAUAGGAGGUCUGUGGCCCCUGCAGCCUAGUACAGACUGACGUGUGUGUGUGCGUUUGUUUGGAGAAGUGCAUGUGAGGAAUGACAGUCUGUCAGUUGGCUUGGAAAGCCUUUUAUAUAAAGGCACAGUUGUUUGAAGGGGAGGAGUUGUUCCAUAUUGGUGAUUGGAAAUGUUAAUUUAAUGUCCAACAUCAUACUGUAUGCCUGUUAAGUUUGUUGUUUUUGCUUUUCAUACAGGUCACCAUCUAUGUAUUGAAUUAUUGAUGUUAAUUUCAUUUAAGGGGGUGCUGACAGGGUGAAUGUUCUGUUCAUGGUUGAUAUCUCAAUGUUCAAACAAACCAUCAAAAAAAGGAGCCAAAGAAACAGCAUACAUGUUGGGGAAAGGCAAGGGGAAAGUGCAGAUCUAAGGCCACUUGAUUGUAUGUGUCUGGCUCUCUUAUUUGCCAUUUCCGCCACAGUUUGGCACAUUCUUCCUUGCAAUUCAUAUCUCCUCAUUUAGUAACUGUUGUGACUCCAGCCUCAUUUCCUGGUCCAUACUCUGAUCUGAAACAUUGCAUCUCUUUCUCAAGUCUUCCCUUAAUUUCUCGUAUUCUGUUCGGUCGUCUCUGUCUUUCUCAACAGAGGGAAGCAAGGAGACUAGGAGGAGAGGAUAUGGAAUCUAAAGAGCCAGGGUUAAUGUACAUUGUAUUUCCUUGAUUCCUUGUCCUCUCCUUGCCUCCUCCUCAAAACACAUUGGAGAAGUAUCUGAGUGGAGGAACCCCGGGUCUUCUGCUCCAAUGUGCUUUGAGAAGGCUAGGAGAGGGGACGUGAGGAAUCUACGAAAUACAAUUGAUAUCCAUCCCAGUUCAGGUCAGAAUGGUAUUGACAACGGCUAAUGACUUCUAAUCACUCAGCUAUGCACACUGCAGACAUGGCAGUGUCAGCUAGAGACAGGAAAAUACUGUACUUCAUUCAUGGCAAAGCUUUCAGUCUUAAAAUAUUAAUUUUGAUACAUUGUUAUGGCCAACUUCUAUGCAUCUAAUGCAUAUGUACCGUACUGUAGUUGAAUUGUAGUAAAUAGAAUUUACUGUAUUGUUGCACUUCUUCCUAUGUGCUUUUUUGUUUUCAUAAAGUAUUUGUGAAUGCUUACAAACAAUUCCAUCUGAUUUAAAGGAACACUGUAUUUUAUUUCUUAAUUUGAAAAUGUUCCAAAUAAAUAUUUAUACCUAA